UCCCUCCCUCCCUUCAUUUUGGGCUCCAGGCUUCUGCCCAAAAGCCGCGCGCAUCAGCACAAAAGCCGCCAAGCCCGCUGACAUCACUGGGAAGGAGGAGAAGGAGGAGGAGGAAGAGAAGAGAGAAGGAGGAGGAGGAGAAGUCGCCCAAGCCAGGCAUCCCUCGCCACGCCCGGAGCAGGAAGAGCCCUCACUCGCCUUCUGGGUCGCCCUCUCGCCCUGUAUCCGUGCCCAGGAGGGGCCCCUGAGGAGAUGGCCGAGUACAGCAGCCUGCUGGAGGAACUUGCAGAGAACAUCACCAACGAAGACCUGGACCAGCUGAAGACAGCCUGCAAGGAGGACAUCCCGAGCGAGACCCACGACAAAAUCGCCACCAGCAAGGACUGGUUCAGCUUUCUCGAGAAGCACAAGAAACUGGACAAAGACAAUCUUUCCUACAUUGAGCACAUCUUUGAGAUCUCCCGCCGCCCCGACUUGCUCACCAUGGUGGUGGAAUACCGGACCCAAGUGCUGAAGAUCUCCGAGGAAGACGAAAUAGACACCAAGCUCACCCGAAUCCCCAGCGCCAAGAAAUACAAAGACAUCAUCCGGCAGCCGUCUGAGGAAGAGAUCAUCAAGCUGGCUCCCCCACCCAAGAAAGCUUAAAGUAGGCCGGAAGGAGGGAGGAGGAAGACGAGGAAGAAGAACCACCCCUGCCCCUUCUGCUCCCCCCGAGUUUGGGCAGUCGCAGCUGUACCUCCUCUCCUCCUCUGACCACAUCCUCCUCCUCUUUUUUUCAGAUUGGGAGGGUGAGGUGGGGCGGUUUGUGGGGUUGGCAGCAGUGGUAGCCACUAACCAAAUCGUCACCCCAGCCCUGCAAAAACCCCUACUUUUCCCUCCUUCCCCUUCAAUUUCCCACCUUGAAUGGAUUCAGAGUGUUCCCCCAUAGGGGAAGAGUCUGAUCCCGGUUGAGAAAAGAAGAAAAGGGGGCUUGCUUGGAAGUGCUAUGCAAUUGUGGAUCUCCCCCUUUGCCCCCCUCGGCAGCCGCUCCAGCCCACCCUGGCACCAAAGGGAAGGGAAAGACCCCUUAAAUCGAACCUAAAUCAUAGUAAGAGAUGUUUGGUAAGAGAUGAGGAUGUAGGAGACAAGGAGAUGAGAACGGGUAGGGGUCCAGAGACAGUGGGAAGCAUCAAAACUCAUAUACCUUUAGAUGGGGCAGCAUUGGGGUCUCACCUCAUGAGACGAUAGGUGGGGCAGCUUAAUGAGAGGCAGUUCACCUCUUAGGUGCUGCAAUGGAGCACAAUGGGUGGGGAGGGGGUAGAAAGGGGAAAUGCACUUUGUUGUUCUCAUUGAGAGGGAUUCUAGUUGAAAUGGGGAAGGGGAUAUCCUGGGAAUGCCAUGGAUACUUGCGGAGCAGAGACAGAGAACUGCUUUUCUCUUGCUGCGAGCCCCAUAUCGCUUUGAGAUUUUGCUGUCCAGAUUCCCAGCAGCUCAUGAUGGCUACCUCUUGGACAGCCCACCUUGGGGGCUUUGCAACAACCGCUAAGGCCUCACCUGCUAUCUCGUCUUUCCCACCCAGCAGCGUGGCUGUUUGCUGACCCCUCAAAGUGGCACAGGAGCAGUUGGGAAUGGGUAUGUUGGCACAAUGAGAUGCAUUGGCAAGCCUCUUUCACGCUUCUGGAAUCAGAAUGGUUUGGAGAUGCAAGGAAAAAGGGGGCAGGUAAUUCCUCUUGAGCAAGACUGGGGUGGCUACUAAGAAAACAAAGGGCAGAGAAAGUUAGGGCAAGGAGAAAGUAUUGGAUAAAGAAGGUCAGAGUAAUAGAUUAGGAAGGAAAAGUUGGUCUAAGUAGCCAUCGGAUUUGGGGGUCUCCUCCUUCCCUUUCAAGGUCUACAGAGAUCAGUGGGCACCUUGAGUGGCUGUUGAUUCCGCCGGCCCACUAGUUGCCCACCUUUACCAUACCCACCGUCGACUUUGUGCCUUUCCUCAGUGUUGGUUGUCGUUCCGUCGCCUCCCUUUUAGUGCCUCUUCCGCCCCUUCCUGAUCCUUGAGAGAAGGACCUUUCCUUCGGCUACCGUGGGCUUUUUGGAGGGGUUGCCCACCUUGGCACAGCUCUUGACCCCUUCCCGGCUUUUCGCUGGGGAAAGGUGAGGCUCGGCUGGGCUGGCAGCCUCGCUCAAUACACUGGGUGGGAAUGCCCUUUCUCCAUUCUCAACCCAACUUGAUUUUGACAGUGCUGGGUUUACAAGCUGAUGUCUGAUUGCAGGGACCAGCGGCCAACCUGUGCACAAUUUUGGCAAUGCCGCUGGUUCUGUAGUCAUGAAAACCGUCACUUUUGGAGAGCAUAAAGAUGUCAGUUUCAAGAACCCUGGGUGCUUUGGUGAGGCUAGAGCUCAUCUGAUCCAUUUCCAAGCAGAAAGAGCUGCCGCAGCUGCCAACCCCUCCAUCCCACCCAAAUGGGGGUCUUCGAAAUGUACGCAAAGGGAUGCUGAAGGCGAUGGAUUUCAGGGUAUUCUUCUUUGCCUCCAAGCCAGUCGUCAACAUAAGGUGGCAUAGAUAGCACUGGCUCAUAAUGCCCAGUCUUACCAAGUGUGGGGAGAAUAUGACUGGGUGGAAUCCAGCGGAUGCGCUUUUCCUUUCCGCUCCAGAUAUCCUUCAACUAACCUACCUAUUUGCAGGCAGCGAGUAUAGGGGAGGGGGGGGGGAGUAGAGGGGAGGGAGCUUCUAGUUUGAAUACGUUGAAUGGUGGAACUCACUUCAGUUGCGUUGGACUGCAAAAAAAGGAUUUUUCCUGUUUUAAUAUAUUUUGGUUAUUUAAUUAACGCUGAAAAUCUGUGCUGUGAAUCUCAGUUUGUUUAGCCAGGUAGCCCCUCCUGAUCAAACGCCGUGCGCGUGAGACCUUCCCUCUGCGGCCCCGUUGUGUCUCGUGUUCUCUGUGUGGCGUGGUGAUCCGCAGCUGGGUGAGAACUGUGUGUUUUCUAACAAGGCAUCUGGUCAACCACCCUUCCUUCCGGUCCCCGAAGUCCCUCCUUUCCUUUCUUUACUGCCUCGAACACACACACACAGACACAUGCUCCUUUCUCUGCCCGUUUUCCUUCCUGAGCCAAGGGGCAGCUUUGCUCUGGGGUUGCAGGGUCUCAACCCACUUGUCCUAGCUCUCUGGAUGCCAGCUUCCUUGGUGCCUGUCGGUGCAACUUCACUGCCUUUCCAAAAUUCCCAGAGCUGACAGAAGGGGCUGGAGCGAGCUGGGCAAGGCAGAGGAAAGCCUGCAAAAGAGCUGGGACAGCGCCCAGAUAGGAGUCCUGCUUGGUCAAAUGGGUCAAACUCUAUUCCCUUUCUGCCAGGAAUUACCCAAUGGGAAUUAGGCCUUUACCUCCUUGCACCCUCUUAUUAUUUAUUUUGGACAUUUGUAUCCCGUUUUAUCUCGACCUCUGCAGAG